CGAUGGCGUCGGGCUCCCGCGGCGGCGGCGGGAGCGACUUCUCCGUGGUCGUGGUGGGCUCCGACGCCGGCGCCGGCGCAGCGCUCCUCGUUCCCUCCGACCGCCACUCGUGGCACGACUGCCUCGCCGAGGCGGACGCCUGCUUCUCCGACCUCGAGGAGCGCCAGGUCGUGCGCGUCCAGGGCACCGAUCGGGCCCGCCGAACCAUCGUCCGUGUCGUCGGCAAGUUCUUCCCGGGUGCGCGAAUCGGCCACGUAUUUGCUCCCCUUACAGCUGCAGUUGCUCGGUCAGGCGUGGAUUGCUAUGAAAAAAAAAAAAUGAAUAGAAUGAGAUUUAAUCCCUUUCGAUCUAUACGCAACCGAAUGGUUUUGUCGAUUCAAUCAUUGGGAAUGAUUCAUGCGCGUAUAGUGUAAGUAUUUGAUGAUUUAUUUAGGUGUGAGCUUGCCGGUUGCAAUCCUACAGUAACGAUCGAUGCUGCAGAUUGUGGAAUGCGGACCAACCAACUUCUAUUCAAUGGAUGGUACACCAUACGUGUUCUCUAAAAACAAAAUUUGGAUACGUGGGAUCGUGAGAUUGAAUUUAUCAGAAAUCUAGGUUUCCAGUGUAACAUGCCCACCUUAUUUACAUGUUUCAAGUACAAGAUCCGACGUAGGCUGUAGCUUAUUUUAUGUAUUGAAGCUCAUAUACCAGCAAAGUGCAUAUUUUCUUAUGGUCAUUCUAAAUUAAGGGUGGAUGGUCAAUCUGCUUGUUGGACUGUACGAAUUUAUUAGUUCCAGCCAGUAUAUCAGCAGACCUGACCUGACCAAUGUUCCGAUUCUUUCACUAUUGCUAUUAACAACCCAACAAGCUGAAUAAGGCUUCCAUAGCUUCAUCAUCCUCGUGCUUUGUUGCUAAAGGCUUAGUGUUAUUGCGUCCCAGACUUCUCUUGGUGUCAGUGUUUACAUGGCAUUUACUUCGGAAUUUUGGUUUCCAGCUCCAGCAAUUGACGGUGAACGUCUGAAAAAGUAUGUGUUCUACAAACUCCGCACCGAAUUGCCUGUGGGUCCAUUCUGCAUCUUGUACAUGCACAGUACUGUGCAGUCUGAUGAUAACAACCCUGGAGUGUCAAUCUUGAGGACAAUUUAUGAGGAGCUUUCACCUGAGUACAAGGAAAGGCUUCAGGUUUUCUACUUCUUGCAUCCUGGGCUUCGCUCCAGGCUGGCCAUCGCCACACUUGGCAGGCUAUUUUUAAGUGGAGGGUUGUAUUGGAAAAUCAAGUACAUUAGUCGACUGGAGUAUCUCUGGGGCGAUAUAAGAAAGGGAGAGGUUGAAAUUCCAGAUUUUGUUAUUGAACAUGAUAAGGUUCUUGAGCACCGGCCACUCACUGAUUAUGGCAUAGAACCAGAUCCCCUACAUCUUGCUGAUGUACCUGCUGAGGAAGUGGGGUACUCGCUUGGAAGAUACGAAGAUAAAUGGACUCCAGAAGAUCGAUGGUAUUCAGGGAAUUACAUGUGAUUUUUUCUGCUGUCGCUGAAGCCUAAAAGAUUAUUAUUGUAUAGUAACACGAUAAUAUGAGAUCUGUAUGUCAGAUUGCUGUGAAAACAUUGGCAAACUGUGUUUCC